GAGGAAGAAGUUGAAGUGUGUACUGCGCCGUCGUUUUUAGGUGAUAAUGCCAGCUCUACCAGUUUAUUUGUUACUCAUGCUUUAAUUUCUACGACAACACUUGUUGCAUAUAUUUAAUGCACUUGUUUUGACUUAUUCGACAUGUUUAAAAAGCCUAAACUGCGCAGUUUUAGAGACCUGUAGGCGAAAUGUUUAGGUAAGACUGGAGAGAGGAAAUCAUCAUCAUCAUCAUGUUCAGGUUGAUUUUUCUGAUUUUGGCAUCGUGUGGCAUCGGAGAGUCAAAGAGGAGGAAUGUCCUUUUAAUAAUUGCUGAUGACGCAGGUUUUGAGACAGAGGUGUACAACAACUCUGUGGUCCACACGCCGCACCUGCGCUCUCUGGCCCAGCGAAGCCUGGUGUUCAACAACGCCUACACAUCAGUCAGCAGCUGUUCCCCCAGCCGCUCCACCAUCCUCACCGGCCUGCCACAGCAUCAAAACGGCAUGUACGGGCUUCAUCAGGGUGUCCACCACUUCAACUCGUUUGACGGAGUGCAAAGUCUGCCGCUGCUCCUCAGAGAAGCAAACGUACACACCGGUAUAAUUGGGAAGAAGCAUGUCGGCCCUGGCACUGUUUACCCGUUUGAUUUUGCCUACACAGAGGAGAACAAUUCUGUGCUACAGGUGGGAAGAAACAUCACCCGCAUCAAACUUCUUGUCCGCAAGUUUUUCCAGACCCACAAGGAGGAAGCGUUUGAAGAAAGGUCAAAGGAAGAAAAGAGUAAAGACAAUGUAAAUGAAGAACAAAGGCCGUUUUUCCUUUACGUUGCCUUCCAUGACACCCAUCGAUGUGGACACUCGCAGCCUCAGUACGGAGCUUUCUGUGAGAAGUUUGGAAACGGUGAAAUGGGGAUGGGCAGAAUACCUGACUGGACUCCAGAAUAUUACACACCAGAACAAGUGAAGGUUCCUCCUUUUGUGCCGGACACACCUGCAGCACGAGCAGACUUGGCCGCACAGUACACAACAGUUAGCAGGCUUGACCAAGGUAUCGGCCUGGUACUGCAGGAGCUCAGGGACGCUGGUUAUGAGAACGACACGCUGGUCAUCUACAGCUCAGAUAACGGUAUCCCCUUCCCGAACGGCAGAACCAACCUGUAUCGCUCCGGGACAGCAGAGCCCAUGCUGGUGUCCUCUCCAGAGCACAGGGAGCGAUGGGGAGACACCAGCCAGGCCUACGUCAGCCUGCUGGAUAUCACUCCCACCAUACUGGACUGGUUCUCUGUUCCUUACCCCCCUUACAGCCUCCCUGGAAGCCCCACAACCCCGGUCCACCUCACUGGCCGCUCCUUACUGCCCGCUCUGGUCUCUGAGCCCAGCAGCUGGCACACAGUCUACGCCAGCCAGUCCCUCCACGAGAUUACCAUGUACUACCCAACCCGCUCUGUCCACCAGGGGGCCUACCACCUUCUCCACAACCUGCACUACCGCAUGCCCUUCCCAAUCGACCAGGACCUGUACGUGUCGCCCACCUUCCAGGACCUGCUGAACCGCACCCGGCUGAGAGAGCCCACACACUGGUUCAAGAGUCUGCAGCAGUAUUACUACAGAGAGCGCUGGGAGCUGUACGACUCCAGGGCAGACCCUCUGGAAACAAAGAACCUGGUAUCAGACCCGUCCCACAGCGCUGUGCUGGAGAGCCUCAGGCAGAGUCUGCAGAAGUGGCAAUGGGAGACUGGAGACCCCUGGGUCUGUGGACCUGACUACGUCCUGGAGGACAAACUGGAGCCACACUGCAGACCGCUCUACAAUGGACUCUAAUGCAUAUACGGUAAUCACUGGACUUAAUGCUACCAGAUCUCCUAAUGGAUUUAUGUCUGGUAGCCAUCCAGACCCCCAUCAUUAUCCUGCUUCAUAGAAGGGCAACGUGGACGCAAACUACUUGACUGUUUAUAUUAUUUAAUUAAACAAAUGUAUACCCAUUA